AUGAGGCUAUGGCUAAGAGAACUGGUCCUCCAUGCACUGAGAAACGCUCGGGGUAUCUGUGGGUCUCAUGGGCAGCCACUGCCUCUUCCUGUCCCGGAGAAGAUUGUGGCCACAUGGGAAGCCAUCAGCCUGGGCAGGCAGCCAGUGCCUGAGUAUUUCAACUUUGCCCAUGAUGUGCUGGACGUGUGGAGUCAGCUGGAAAAGGCUGGCCACCGGCCCCCAAUCCCUGCCUUCUGGUGGGUUGAUGGUACAGGAGCAGAGGUCAAGUGGAGCUUUGAAGAGCUGGGGGAGCAGUCCAGGAAGGCGGCUAACGUGCUGGAGCGUGCCUGUGGCCUACAGCCUGGAGACAGAAUGAUGCUGGUGCUCCCACGGCUCCCGGAGUGGUGGCUGGUCAGCGUGGCUUGUAUGCGGACAGGGGCCAUCAUGAUUCCCGGCAUCUCUCAGCUGACAGAAAAAGACCUCAAAUUUCGGCUGCAGGCAUCCAGAGCCAAGUCCAUUAUCACCAGUGACUCCUUGGCUCCACGGGUGGAUGCCAUUAGCUCCGACUGCCCUUCCCUUCAGACCAAGCUGCUUGUGUCAGACAGCUAUCGGCCAGGCUGGAUGAACUUCAGGGAACUCCUCCGGUAA